UGCCCAGGCAGGGGUCGCGGCCAUGGCGGUGCAGGACCCCCGCCCCAACCACACCAUCUACAUCAACAACCUCAACGAGAAAAUCAAGAAGGACGAGCUGAAGAAGUCCCUGUACGCCAUUUUCUCACAGUUUGGGCAGAUUUUGGACAUUCUGGUGUCGCGCAGCCUCCGCAUGCGGGGCCAGGCCUUCGUCAUCUUCAAGGAGAUGAGCAGCGCCACCAACGCCCUGCGGUCCAUGCAGGGCUUCCCCUUCUACGACAAACCCAUGCGGAUCCAGUAUGCCAAGUCAGACUCGGACAUCAUCGCCAAGAUGAAGGGAACGUUUGUGGAGCGGGAGCGGGAUCGGGACCGGGACCGGGAGCGCAAGCGGGACAAGCGCAAACCCAAGGGCAGCGACGCCCCCGGCCCCAAAAAGAGCGGGGCCGGGAGCCAGGCGGGCCAGGGGGCCGUGCCCGGCCUGGCCCCGUUGGCGCAGGCGCCGCGGCUGCUGCCGCACCUGGGGGCGACCCCGCCCUACAUCCCCCCGCCAGGAAUGAUCCCCCCGCCCGGAAUGGCCCCGAGCGCCGGAAUCCCGCCAGGAAUGGCCCCGCAGGCCGGGCUGGCUCCAAUGGCCGCCCCACAGCCCCUUUCGGAGAAUCCCCCGAACCACAUCUUGUUCCUGACCAACCUCCCCGAGGAGACCAACGAGCUGAUGCUCUCCAUGCUCUUCAACCAGUUCCCGGGGUUCAAGGAGGUUCGCCUGGUUCCGGGCCGCCACGACAUCGCCUUUGUCGAGUUCGACACCGAGGUGCAGGCGGGCGCCGCCCGUGAGGCCCUGCAGGGCUUCAAGAUCACCCAGAGCAAUGCCAUGAAGAUCUCCUUUGCCAAAAAGUGAUCUCCAGCCCCCAAAAUCCCGGGAAAACACCCCCGAUUCCUGACAAAAGGGGCACAGAAUACCCCAAAACCCCAAAAAAAUGCCUUGAAACCUCCUUAAAUACCCUGAAACUGCCCAAAAAUGCCCCAACUGCCUUCAAGCCACCCCAAAAUCCCUUCAAAGUGCCCUAAAAUCCCUCCAAACCACCCCAAAAUCGUUUUGAAACACCCUAAAGUCCAUCCAAACCACCCCAAAAUCCCCUAGAGAUGCCCUAGAAUCUUUUCCAAACCACACGAAAUUCCCUCAAAACCGCCCCUAAGUAGCCUACAUCUGCCCCAAAACAUUUCAAAUCCCUCCAAACCACCCCCAAAUUCCUCAAAACUGCCCCUAAAUAUCCUAAAACUGCCCCAAAGCCCCCAAAUCUUAGAGAAUUGCCCCAGAUCCCACAAAAAUCCAACAAAUACCAGGUAAGUUCAGCCCAAAUCCUCUUUUUUUAUCCCAAAUGCUCUUUUUUAUAAUCCCAAAUCCUUUUUUCUUUCCGCAAAUCCUGUUUUUCUCAACCACAAAACCUCUUUCCACCCUAAAUCUCCUUUUUUGACCCCAAAUCCUUUUCCCACCUCAAAUUCUCCGUUUUCCACCUCAAUUGCCCUUUUCUCACCCAAAAACCUCUUUCCCCACCUCUAAUCCUUCUUUUUCUACCCCAAAAUUCCUUUUUCCAUCCCCAAUCCCCUUUUUCCACCCAAAUCCCGUUUUUCCACCGAAGUCCUGACCCCAAAUGCUCAAUUGCCGCCUUAAGUCCCCCUUUCUUCACCCAAAUCUCCUUUCCCAUCCCAAAUCCUUCUUUCACCCCAAAUGCCAUUUACUCCCCCAAAUCCCAUUUCCCAGCCCAUCCCAAGGGAUUUUUUGGAUUUUCCCAAGGAAUUUUUGGUGUUUCCUGAGGGAUUUUUGGGGUUCCCAAGAGGUUUUUGGGUUUUUUUCCAGCAUUGUACCCAGGGUCUCUGCAGACAUUGCACCUGCAGCUGACCCCACCCCAAAUCAACCCCAAAUAAUCCUCAAAUCCCAUUUCCCAGCCGCUCACAAGGGAUUUUUGGGGUUUCCCUGAGAGGCUUUUGGGGCUUUUCCCAGCAUUGUACCCAGGGUCUCUACAGACAUUGCACCUGGAGCUGCCCCUGCCCCAAAUAAACCCCAAAUUAACCCCACUGCGCCCACCAGGACUGGAGUGGGUUUUUUGGGGGGAAGGAUUUGGGGUCUGGGGGAUUUGACCCCAAAGUUUGGGAAUUUUGGGGGUUGACCCCAGGAUUUGGGGAAUUUAACCGCCAAGUCUGUGGGAUCAGGAGGGUUUGACCCAAGAAUUUGGGAUUUUGUGGGGGGUUUUGACUCCAAACUUUAGGAAUUGGGUGUGUUUGACACCCCAGGGUUUGGGGGGGGGGUGACCCCGGGAUUUGGGGAGUUUAACCCCGAAGUUUGGGAUCAGGGGAAUUUGACCCCAGAAUUUGGGAUUGGGGGGUGGGGAGGUGUUGACCCCAAACUUCAGGAUCAGGGGGAUUUGACCCCACGAUUUGAGGAGGUUUUGACCCCAAAGUUUAGUAACUGGGGAAUUUUGACCCCAGAAUUUGGGGAUUUGGGAGAUUUAACCCCUAAGGUCGGGAUCAGGGUUGUCGGACACCCUGAACAUUCCAAACCCCAGGGGUUGGGGUUUGAUCGAGGUUCGGGAGGGAACAGGGGAUUUGAAACAUUUGGGGUGUCCAAAUGCCCUGAUUCCAAAGUUUGGGGUCAACGUCCCCCUAAUUUCCAAACCCUGGGGUCAAAAAGCCCCAAAUCCUGGGGAUAAAAUACCCCCAAUUCCUAAAGUUUGGGGUUAACCUCCCCAAAUCCCCAAACGCUGAGCUCAAAAACCCCAAUCCCCGAACCCUGGGGUAUCAAAAACCCCAAAUCCCCAAAGUUUACGAUCAAACCACUCCAGUCCUGGGGGUCAAAGGUCAGGGGUCAAAAUUCAGGGAGGGAUUUCUGGGACCUGCCCCCCUUUUCUUGUUGCAGCAGAGCUCCUUUUUGGGAGGGGGUCUAGACCUAGAAGGGCUUCCAAUAAAGCAAGGUGCUGCUGUCCAGGGCA